GAUCUUACCUUGCGUGCAAGUAAAGGGAAUAAAUCAGAAAUCAGCGGUUCAAACUAGCUAAUAUUUAUGAACGGUCAUGUAGCUAAUAUUGAUGAUGGAUUAUCGAAAAUUAUUUAACGGUGGAUACGGAGACAGAAACUCUGAUCAUCACUAAACACAACAUCAGGGGCCAGCAACCUGUAUUUCCACUGUAGGUGUACUACCGGUGUACCUGUGGGGCCACCAUGUCUCUCGCUCAGAGAGUCCUCCUCACCUGGAUCUUCACCCUGGCCUUCCUCAUCAUGCUCGUCCUCAAACUAGAUGGCAAAGUCCACUGGAACUGGUUCCUCACCUUUCUACCCGUAUGGGUCUUCGACGGCAUCCUCCUCCUCAUGUUACUCGUCAAGAUGGUCGCCAGGUGUAAAGCGGGACACGACCCUCGUAACGGCUCCCAGGACCUGAAGAAGAAGGCCUGGUACCUGGCGUCCAUGCUGCUGAAGCUGGGCUUCUGUCUGACGCUGUGCGCCCGGCUGGAGAAGCUUACCCAUAUCAAGCUCACCUUUGUGUGUAUUCCUCUAUGGUGCUUGUUGCUGGGAGCCAUGGUGGAGCUGGGCUAUAACAUCUUCCCCGAGAGGAGAGAGGCAUGAGAGAGGGAUGGAGGAGGCUGGAAGGAACACACACACCUCAUUCUUUAGUGGGGUUAUUUCAGCUGUUUGCAAAAUCACAAACUCCCCUUCAUUUGUUAUGACAUGAAGUGUUAUCCCGUUGACCAAGCUUUGCUCUCGUGCCAACAGUACUGCUUAUCAGAGACGGUGCCUUCAGGAGGUUCUAAAACGGAUGUAAAUGGUACAGGUCAUGUAGAUGUCAGAUAAACUAAGUCACAUUACUAUCUAUAAUAAUAAUAAUAAUAUCUAAAGGUUUCCAGACAUUGUCCUUGACGUCAGCAUCUUUUGUGUUGUAAAAUCUUUCAUACUUUGUGGGACGACAAAUGAUUGUCGUAGUGUUUGGGAGACGGGGCUCUUCCUAUGUAAAGCCAUUCAGUUUAAAUGUGAUCUACCUGUAGUGUUUGGGAGACGGGGCUCUUCCUAUGUAAAGCCAUUCAGUUUAAAUGUGAUCUACCUGUAGUGUUUGGGAGACGGGGCUCUUCCUAUGUAAAGCCAUUCAGUUUAAAUGUGAUCUACCUGUAGUGUUUGGAAGACUGGGCUCUUCAUAUGUAAAGCCAUUCAGUUUAAAUGUGAUCUACCUGUAGUGUUUGGG